CAUGGAUGCUUUUUCCCGCCAGUUCUUCGGUCCAGUCACGUGAAUGAAAGCUAUGAAUUAGUAAUAUCUGUAUUUAAUGAGAAAGGUGAAGGUCUGUUUCUGGGGGUAAAUCGGACCGGUCCCUCACACCAGUUGAUGGCGGUGUAUUUAAGCCUUACAUGUGAGGAAUGGGAGUGAGCGCUCAGAUAUACUGCCCUCUAUAGUGAACGGCGGGAAUUACACAUCUCUACAGAAACUGGGUGCAAAAUAUAUACCGCUACUCCGAUUGAAAAUAAAUAACUUAUUUUAUUAAAAUCAUGCAAGUUUGCAAAUUGUACUUUCCCAAGGCGAUACUAAAAAAUAACAAAGACAUUGGUAUCAUUUAUUAAAUUUAACAUUGGCAGAGGAAUCAUCUGGAGCCUACAAAAUGCUUGGACUUCAAGAAACAAGUUCUACUGGAAGUCCUAAAACAUACAGCUGUGUGGCAUGCUCAGCUACUUUUCAUAGUUUGGCAUCACUCCUGGUACACCAACCGUCUCAUGCAAGUGAAAUCUCUCAACAGCCAGAAUCAGCACUACCUACUUGUGUCAGCUGUGGAAGCUUAUUUGCGAGCAAAGAUCUCCUUGAAAAACACCACUGUAUAAUGUUGCCCACUCCAGCAUCUCCAGCCCUCACCUACAUAUGUGGCUGUGGCCAGGAGUUUAGUGGUUUUACAGCUCUUGAGGACCAUAAAAAACAACAUGGUUCAGAAAACAAGGUCAAAUCAAAUUUGGAGAGUAUUCCAGUUGUGCCAGAUGGCAAAACAGACUCCAGCCAUCCUGUCUCAGACCAAGUUUUUCACAAUCUAUCACCAUCCCAUUUAAAUGAAAAAUCCCUUUCACAAGCUCCACCUCCUACUUCAAAUACUGACAUCAAGGAGAAUGAAUCCACUGCAGAUGUGGAAAGCAACACCUUGAAGCCAUCUGAAUCCCACCCUGUGACCGAAGAGCAAGUGCAAUUACCUGAGAAGGACAGUGAUGCUUUAAAAACCUCCAACGUGGUAAACCAUUCUGUGGAAGACCAUGAGAAAUCACCAGAAUCUGGCGAAGAUUCAGCUGCAUUUAAUAAAAAAUCAAUCCUGAAGAUGCUAGCAUCUGCCUACAUGAGUCAUAGACAACCCAUCCAAAUUAAACAGAGGAACUUGCCCCCCAGAAAAGCUUCACCGAGAGCACCCAUGCAACCUGCGAUCACCAUGAUGAUAUCAAAACCCAAACCACUGGAGAAUCAAUCAAAGGUGAAAAAAGACACAGUGGUCAGUGUGAAAACUGGAAAAAUGUUGCCUAAAAAGGGCAAGAUUAUAUCUGUGACACAAACUCUGUGUCCUGUGGUGGUUCUUGAGACUCGGCAAAAACUUUUUGGCCGGGACAACGUGGAAGGCAGACAUCAGUGCAGACUCUGCCGUAGGGUUUUCCAGGACAUAGACACCUUGAUAAUGCAUCAUGCCCUGCAUAAAAAAGAAAGAGUUAAAUUUUGUCUUUGUUGUCAACAAUUUGUGAUAACUAUAAUCUCUGUCCCCGAAAGCCAUGUCUGCUCUGAUGGAUUUUCUAGAAACCAUCAACCUUUGAUGGGAAAAAUGUCUCUGAAACCAAUCAACCCUACAGCUCAAGAGGCAGAAAAAAUUUUCUACUGUUCUUUAUGCAAGCGUGGUUACAGACGGAUGCGCAGCCUCAAAAAGCACAACUGUCCAUGUAAAGCUUCUCUGAAAUCCUCGGCCACUCCAGGGACCUGCGGUAAUGUCAAACUCCAAAACUUGGAGGCAUGCAAUAGAGCUGUCCCAAACUCAAGAAAUAAUCAAAUGUCAACACAACAUAAAAAUAUUGGAAUAGGCACAGAGCUGAUAAAGACUGAGGAACAAAACAUAGAACUUCCUAUUGGCAAGAAAGAUCAGAUUGGGUUGAAGAUGCUGCUCAAGGAUCAGUUGAAUCCCACAGAAACCCUUGAGUCCAUCUUUGCCAGUGUUUCUAACUCAAAACCAACUGAAUCAACUGAAAACUCUGUUGGAGUACCAGCCGACAUGGUUGGAAUAAAACAAGAGGAAAGAGAUAAACUGGUUGAAAAGCAGUGGACCAUGCCUUUGGAUGAUGCUGAAAUUGAUGUACUAAUAGAUGUGGAUCAAAAGGACUCGGAUGAGGAUGAUUUGACAGACGUGGCUAGAGACGACUGUGAUGAAGGUGAGGAUGUUGUCAUCGUAGAGCCUCGUGAGGACAAGGAAAUGUCAGCUGUACCUGGUAAUGGCUUUCAGGUGCAUGUGACUAAUAAAGGCUUAAAGCGGUUUGUUUGCAAUGGGUGCCAGAGAAGCUAUUCCCGCCUAUUUACUCUAAAGGAGCACCUGAAGAUUUGCGGGACAAGAAAGUUAAAGCCGCAAAAUGUUACAUCAUCUAAUAUAAUUGGGCCAAUUAAAAGCUUUCCAUGUCCUCAUUGUGGUAAGUUCUUUAGCCGCAAAGACAAUAUGAAUAGCCAUCGAAAGAAGUGCCAUGCAACAAACACUAAUUCCGCAGUAAGUAACAGAACUGUAGAGUUUAAAACACCUGUAGCUCAGGAAAACUUAUUCGUCCUGUCACCAUCUACAGAAAACCAAGCAGUCCGACAAGAAAGCACUCAGAAUACUAGCAGUAACAGAAACUGGGGGAUUAUGUCACUUCCAUCUGUGCUUCCAAGAAGAGUGACGUGUGAAUGCGGAGCCUCGUUCACGUGUCCACGACUUCUCUUCGAACAUCUGCAACAGCAUGCGCAGGAGUCCUAUAUUUGUCCACACUGUGGUGAGAACUUGCAGUCGUGGAUGGACUUCGAGGCACAUCAGCAAUUGCACAACCAAUCUCAAAGCUCUACAAGUGAGCAAAGAGCUUCCCAGCAACAACCUCAUUCAUCUUCCCAAGCGUUACCAUCACACGCUCCGACUCGGCCGCAACUGUCUUCAGGUUUUUCUGAGCAUAACAUAAAAGCACAACCGCCUGCACUCUUGGCACCUCAACAUUUGAACCAGAGGCCAUUUCCUGAGACAUUGACUUGCCAUAAAUGCAAAAAGAACUUCAGCCUUCGCAGUUCCUUGUCAAGACACAUACGGUUGCGUUGUACUGGCGAUACUGCAGGUCAGAAGAAACACACCUGCUCUCGUUGUGGUACAACAUUCCAAAGCCCAUUGAUGCUUAAAGUUCACAUUCAAAGCAAUACCUGUAAACCUGCAUUUAAACCGAUUAGGUGCCCGGUGUGUGUGCGUUGGUUCAGUUGUCUAGAUGGGCUCAAGAGACACCUGGUCUCACACAGCAGGCAAUCCAUCUUGACAUGUUCGAUUUGUGACCAGAACUUUCCAACUCCUCAGGCACUCGAGGAGCAUAAAAGAAAUGUUCAUAGAAUUAACAGCAGAAUGAUGCCAGUGGAGAAUGCACAGGAACAGUUGCACCAAGCAGGUGUACAAACCAAUCCAUCUACUCUAUUUCAAUGUCACAUCUGCCUUCGCAAUUAUCCAAAGCUUCAAUCCCUGAAGGAUCACUUGAGGAAAGUUCAUCGCCCUAAACAGCCUAAACAAACUAAUCUAGGAACCGUGGAACCAGUCCGUUCUGGACCGUUUCAGUGUCAGAUAUGUGACCGCUCCUAUCCUAACAUAAAAUCCUUGAAAAACCACAGAAGAAGAGUGCAUCACAUUGUGGGUGGUGUGUUUCUGCCAUCAAAGGGAGUUGAGCAAAACAUCACUCCCAAUCAGUUUCAGUGUCACAUUUGCCCACGCAGCUAUCCAGAUGAAAAGUCCCUCCGAAACCACAGAAGGAGGGUCCAUCAUAUAGUGGAAGGUCUUCAGCUGUCGAGGGGAAUCACUCAACACAAUCUAUACAAGUGUCAAAUUUGCCAGCGCAGCUAUCCUGACGUAGUGUCCCUUAAAAAUCAUAGGAGGAGGGUUCAUCGCAUAUUAGGGCCAGUGCCUGAAACUACACCACUACCACCACCACCACCAACAACAACAUAUAAUGACACAGAAGAUGCUCUAGAGCAAAAACCGAUACCUUUCCUGUGAACGGUGUCCAUGCAUUCCUAAAAGGUGGAUCUGCUGCUUGCAUUUAUUGCUGUGUAUGCAAUCAAAAUGUUGAAAUGUUGAAAAAGAAGUCAUAAGGCAGCACCUGUUAAGUAGAUCUAUAGCAUUAUAGAAAAAAAAUUAAUAGCUAAAAAAAAUUAUAUCUGGGCAUGUAUUCACAAAACAUCUUAAGGCUAAAAGUAGCUCAUAACAGAAGAGAAUUUAGAAGAGAAUGUUUAAAAUAAUGUCAAUCCUAAAUUUAGGACUUCUAAACUUUUGCUUUAAGAGUAUUUUACAAAGCGUUUUAGCUCUAAAACUAGCUCCUAAAUCUGUGAAAUGUUAGGAAUAGUGAAGAGGACUCCUAAGUCACUAAGAUCAAACCACAAAUUAUCCUAAAAUGGCUGUUGCCGGCAAUCCGUCUCUGAAUUUAAACAUUUUAGAAACAUCUGAUGAGAAUGACUUUUUAAAAAGGUAUCGCCUUUGGUUUUGAAGGUUAUCCCAACUCUAAAUUUUCCUUUGAUUAUACCCUUGUUUUUGUUAACCAGUUGGGUAAGAAGUAACAGCUGGGCCCGUAUGUAUAGAACUUCUCAGAAACUCUCUUAAGAAUAGUCUUAAGGUUUGACUUAAGUGUCAAAAAAUUAUUAGUAAAAAGUAGGACUUUUCUAAGAGUAGGAGACUUGUAUAAAGAAGCUAAAAGAAACUUUCAGUAAAGUCUAAGACUGAUUCUUAAGUGUUGACUGAGGUGACACUUAAGUGUUGUGAACUAAGAACUACAAUGAUGUCAACACAAAAUGGCUGACCUCAACCUCUAAAUCAGCCAAUAGUGAGCCUGCUCAUGUAAAGUCACAGCAGCACAACACCAAUCAUUUAAUGUAACUACAAUAAAAUCAUUUAAUUAAGGCACUGAAAUAUUUUAAUAUUUAAAUGUUGUUGUUGUUUUUUUUUAAACUUCACAUUGUGCAAAAUUAUCACAAAUUAUUACUGAUGCUUCAUUUUCUAUUGGUAUGUCUCCUCGUUUACAGUUGGAGCAAUGAUGUGAACAUGAAUUCCAUCAGUGGCUCCAACAACUCCAGGAAAGCCCACAAUCCUCAAAAAAGUGGCUUGUUUUUGCAAUAUGUUUUGGCAGUCAGUUGGAAAGUUAAUUCACUGCCAUAUAGUAGUGGCCAAAAGUGAGGUCCGGCCUAGGAAAUUGGACAUCUUCACCCUUAAUUAAAAUAAUUAAGGGUGCGGUCAUAUUUUUUGGCAUGCUGUCAUACAAAGAAAUUAUGAACACAUACAAAAACAAGAGGACCAAUGAAAUAAUAAUUUAUAUUGUAGUCAGUGUGCCAGUGUUGCCAAUUUAGUGAAGUCUAGCAAUAAAAUCUAUUUCUUGGACAAACCUUAUGUACAUUCCGAGACGCUCCCAUGACGUCAUAAAGGCGAGUUCACUGAUCUAUAUAAAUAUAAAUAUAGAUCAGUGAACUCGCAUUUAGGAGAUCAUCUAGCAACAUUAAAUGACCAGUUUUAGCUACUUUCAAUUGCAAGCAGUUGGCAACACUGGUCA